CUCUAAUUAUGCAAUCAUUGAAUUCCUUUUCUUGCGAUUUUGAAAAUGCUCUGAAGUUCAAUUAAUUCCAAUGAAUAAUGGAAUGUCAUGGGCGCAGCAUGUACCACCAAUACCACUGCCCUUAAUGGAAGUGUGACAUCGUUAAAUGAUAAUGUCAACAUUAUCAAAAUAUUACUAACAGGUCCAAGUAAAUGUGGCAAAUCUUACCUUUUAUCAAAAUGGCUAUAUGGAUUUGAAUCUGAUGAUGUAAAGGGAUCGAAUGACUUCAACAUGAAAAAGGUCACAUCAAGAACUGGUCAAGUAUUUACUGUAUGGGAAAUCUCUUCCAAACCAAAUUUGAAGUCUAUUCGCAGGAAUAUGUUUUAUGGAACACAAGGAAUGGUGUAUGUUGUAAGAAAUAUUGAAGAAAAUAAAGAAUAUUGGAUGGAGGUAGAAAAAGAUAUAAAUUCUUUAUUACUUGAGCCUGAAUUAAAAGAUAUACCAACUUUAAUAGUUUUAAAUCAAUCACAAACAAAUGGAAUACUAGCCAAUGAAGUAAAAUCAAAAAUAAAUCUACCAGCUGAUGUAAAUAGGAAAUGGAGUUAUUAUGAAGUCCACAGUGAACAGUCAGAAGAAAUAGACAACAUAUUGAUGACCCUAGAAUCUCUUUUAAAUCCCAUUGAAAUACAUGUUGAUGCAAAAAGUUAACAGAAAAAUUUAUAUCCAGACAAGAUCUUUUAAUUCAAAAGCUUGAAAGUAUCGCUAUAAAAAAUAGUGACCUUUGGACCUUAAAUUUUUCAUAUCAUUAAAAAUCAUAUAACCAAUUCUUAUAUUCCGUCCAAUAUCAUCUUUAUACAACUGUUAGUGCCUAAUACUUCUUGUUUUAUAAUCACAUUUUUGUAUAAAAACAAAAAUUCUCUGUUAAAUACAUGUAGUGCUAAAUACAUCAAUUAUAG